AUGCCUUCUCAGAGGGUUUGCUCAUCGGCCAGCUGCUUCCUUUCAGACAGCAACAGAUUCGGCCGAGCGCAAGCAACCAAGACGGGGGCACACAAGUGGAGCGGAGAGGAGUGUGUCUGCGAAAGGAAGUGCGUCUUCAUAGUUUGCCUCUUGCCUCGGCCAUCGGAGCCGGCACAGGGUGUGAUUGUGACGCGGACAGGGCAGGCUAGUAAUACCGAGGCUUCGGGCAAAGCAUGCACUACCGACAGAUCGCCAGACGAGUGUGGAAAGUGUGGCUUACUCGCUUCCUCGGUUGGUCAAGUCUGCCAAAUCACCACACGCAUACACUCACUUACACACGCAGACAGACAGACAGACACAUUGCACACUUUAGAGUGUGGCCACACGCACAGUUACGCCAGCGAGUGUAUACUCAGGCACAUUCGCGCAGACACACAAUCGGCCAGUCUCUUCUCGCCGCCGUCUACUUGUGGCCUAUCUUCUUCUUGUUGUUGCCUUGGUUCGCCGACUUCGCAUCACUCCUGCCGAGGGCCUGAAGUGACGCUUUCAGCGGAGCUGCUCACUUCCAACUAUGCUAUCCUCUGCUCCACCUCCUGGGCGCAUGCGGUCUACACCACUCCGCGCCUAUUUCAGCCGAGCGGGACCCCAUUUCACAGACAAUCCUUGAAUCCCAGUCGUCUGCUCCGGGGCCCUGGGAGUGACCGGGCGGCCCACCUCUCCGCUCCUCCGACUCGUCCAGGGCUUGGGCAGCUGGCCCAGCCGACCAACCGGGCAUUACCGCCCAGCAUCUUCGCUCCUUCCCCUAGUUCCCUGCUCAUCCCGUCCCCAUGCACCAGUGCACAUACGCAUGAACACAUAAACAAGCACACAAACGCACAUAUAAGUGUGCGGUUUUCAUACGCAUGCCUGUUAGCACCACUCGCGACAGCAGUGCAGCAGAGACGGAUCUGCAGUGAAGCCAAGGGAUUAUUACUCAAGCCAGUUGGUGUUGUGAGCAUCGCGACUAAUCGCAAGGAUGCUCAGUUCGGCCGAAAAGAGCUGGUCUCUGAGAGUCUGCGACGCCAUGCUCGAAGCAGCGAUCGUCCGGCUCGUGCCUUACAUUCCUCUCAUCCGUCCCCUCGGUCCUCUCCUCCCGCGGCGGUCACAGUCGCCGGGCCGCCACGGCCUCUGCAGACUCCUCUUUUGGCCUCUCCUGCUACUCGUCAGCGGGCUCGUAAGCUCGGCUACUGCGAGUUGUCGCACCGCGACUGGGGCGCCCAUCUGUUGCCAGGGCAAACAGUCCGCCUGCUACGGUUACUCGUUCAGCCCGUCUCUAGUCGCCAACCUGUCGCAGAGCCAAUUCGCGGGAGGACGCAAUCGGCUGCGGAUGGAUUCGGCCAUGGACACGGGCAGAGAGGCCGUCUCCUCGGCACUGCCCAUCCAGCUGCGUCGGCUGCCGUCGCUAAAGUUGAAACGCUGCUUCUGCGACAACUCGUGCACCCGAACAAACGACUGUUGCCCCGACUACCGAGAGGUCUGCCAAAAGCCUGCGCCAACUGGGGAGACUGUGAUUAUGCAAUCACUUCGGUGUCGCAGAUUGCCGCAUUUCGGCACACUCCGUUCCACAACAGGGGUCAUAUCAACCUAGACCAGGCCGUCUCGUCGACCGCUUUUGGUAUGGACCAAUUCAAAUCGCUCUAG